AAAGGCUAGUCUGACAUCCAAUCAUCUCAACAAAAUGGCGACGUAGUAGUAUGAUAAGAUACAGAAUGGAUAGUGAAUCGGGACUGUCGCAAAACCACGUUAAUCAGAUGAAUUCUGGUUCUUCUUCUGUAAAUAGCAUUAGCAGCAAACAACAAGAUGAUCAUCCGAGACCCAACUACACAAUUCCGGGAAUUUUACAUUUUAUACAACAUGAAUGGGCACGUUUCGAAAUGGAACGCGCUCAAUGGGAAGUGGAACGAGCUGAACUUCAGGCUCGCAUUGCUUUCCUACAAGGAGAGCGAAAGGGUCAAGAGAAUCUAAAACAUGACCUAGUACGGAGAAUAAAGAUGCUUGAAUUUGCACUAAAACAAGAAAGAACGAAGUACCAAAAAUUAAAGUCUGGCUCAGAUAAAGAUGAACUAAAGGCCCCAACAUUUGAUGGAGAGGAAGGCGGCCAGGAAGAAUCAGCCCUAUCACCAAAUUCAGUCAAUUUCAGACAAAGUCGGCAGCUUCUCAGGCAAUAUUUGCAAGAAAUAGGCUACACAGACACAAUCCUUGACAUCAGAUCAAAUAGAGUGCGAUCCUUGUUGGGUCUUGCUCCCAAUGAGCGAACCGGUCCUGGUCUAGAGACCAAUGGACAAAUAGAACCAAUCGUUAAUGGCGAGAGUCCAGCCAAGCAAGGAAGGCACAUUGAACAGGGCACAACAAAGAGGCAACAUGAAAAGCCUCGAAUGCACCAGGCCCUGCCAGAGAAUGUCCUGGACAAGGUCCUCUCCACAUUUGACUUCCUCUCUGAUACCCUGGACGAUGACGGAGAGGUGGAAGGGGACGGGGAAGAGGGCAUCACUGCCGACGAUGAGAGCGACAUCAGAGAAUCUAGGGGCAAAACAGGCACAAUUGUCAAGAAGAAAAAACAGGUAGUUGGUAAUGAAGGCAUGGCAGGGAUGGGUGAGGACGAGGACGACCCUGACACAGAAGAGGCUCUAGCAGAGUUUGAUUUCUUGGUUGCAGAGCAGUCUGAAGGUGCUGGAGAGGCCAGGACAGCAGAGGGACCUGAAUGGACCAUAGGUGCUGGCAAGAAAGGUGUGGACUUAUCACCAACUGGUGAAGAAUGGGGAGUAGAUCAAGGCAUGCUGAACAAACUAAAAGAAGAAUAUAAGAAAUCAAGACGAAACAAAGGCAUUGAUAGACGGCCUAACAAAGCUGCACUGCAAGCCAUGCUAGCCAACUUGGAUGACGUGAGCCCUCCAGCUAGUAACACACCAGGAGGCAGCUCAAGAUCUAGAGGAGCUGACAUUGAUAUCACGGAUGAAGCAGAUGUAGCUGUAGCACCCCGUCAAGGUAUCAUGGGAGCGGAUGAGGAAGCCCUAGAAACCCUUCGCUUGGGAGAACUUGCAGGAUUGACCAUCACUAAUGAGGCUGAUGUUCUCAGUUAUGAUAUAUCAGCAAACAAGGAGACCUUUCGUAAGACAUGGAAUCCUAAGUUUACGUUACGAAGCCAUUUUGAUGGUGUACGUGCGUUAGUAUUUCAUCCAGAGGAACCAGUCCUUAUCACAGGAUCAGAGGAUAAUACUCUCAAACUAUGGAAUUUACAGAAGACAGUCCCAGCUAAAAAAGCUGCUUCUCUAGAUGUGGAACCUAUUUAUACAUUCAGAGGACAUGUAGGGGCUGUUCUAAGUUUGGCAGUCAGCAGUAAUGGAGAGCAAUGCUUCAGUGGUGGAAUGGACUCCUCCAUUAGAUGUUGGAAUAUUCCUGGUUCAAACAUUGAUCCUUAUGACUUGUAUGAUCCAUCAGUAAUGGCUGAGACCUAUGUAGGUCAUAGUGAUGCUGUAUGGGGUCUGUCAUACGAUGGGACUAAGAACAGCCUGGUAUCUUGUUCAUCUGACGGUACGGUCAAGCUGUGGAGUCCGGGCAAGAAGUCACCCCUCCUCACCACCAUCACAGCAGAGACAGCAUUUGGAGUGCCCACCUCAGUGGACUUUGUGCGCUGUGACACGAGUCAGAUCACAGUGGGCUUUUCAUCAGCUGAUGUGGCUGUGUAUGAUCUAGAGACUGCAAAGAAAGUCAUUACGCUGGACAGUAGGUUACCCUCAGAUAGCCCAACUAGUCAGAUCAACAGUGUAGCCAGUCAUCCAACUCUACCAGUCACUAUCACUGCACAUGAAGAUAGGCAUAUUCGCUUCUUUGAUAAUAAUAGUGGUAAAAUGGUUCACAGUAUGGUGGCCCAUCUGGAUGCAGUAACCUGCUUGGCUGUGGACCCUAAUGGACUCUACCUCUUGUCUGGAAGUCACGACAGCUCAAUCAGACUUUGGAACCUUGAUAGUAAAACUUGCGUCCAAGAAAUCACCUCCCAUCGCAAGAAGUUUGAUGAAUCAAUAUUUGAUGUGGCCUUCCACCCCUCUAAGCCAUACAUCGCUAGCGGGGGAGCAGAUGCCCUAGCCAAGGUCUUUGUCUGAGCAUCACUCCCUGCCUGCAUCCCCAGUUAAAAUGUAUGUCAGUGUACAGCGUGUGAAUGACUUCCCCUCCUCCUCGAUGCAACUCGCGUGACAGCUUUGAUCGCAAAGUGAGUGUGAAUCCAGCAGAGUGAGCACCUCUCUGUGAUGAGAAGGUGAUAGCAAUGGUUAGUUGCACAUGAUUGAUAAGAAGAGAGGAAACUAAAAACUGUGUGCUCUCCUUGCAUAGAUAUGGAGCCAGAUUGAUGGUUUGACUGACUUACAUAUCAUCAUUGUGAAACAUCAUUAGUUGCAGAGGAACCAACGCAAACAAUCAAACUCUUAUCAUUGUCUGAAUAGAAUGUGUGUAUUUCCUUCUCCCCACCUUUUUAUCAUACAGCAACUAUGUGUCGCAUUUCCAGAAAUGUUUACAAGUAUCUAUGGGUGUAUUUAACAAAAAAAAGUAGAAUGGCUAUGGUGUAGAUAAACAAUUAUUUAGGUUAGUAAAUUAUUGUUUCUUUUCAUUUUUUUCUUACCAUGAGCAGGAUUUUGUUUCUGCAUAUACAGAAGAACCCUUGCGCUUCUUAUAUUUUCAUGCUAUUCAUAAGUCAUUUUGCUUGUCUGUAUAUGAAUAAUUGAAUAAUCGUGUGUAUGAAGUGUGUAUUGUAGCUAGUCUGUCCAGUUGUGGCCAACUGGAAAUCAAACAUGGUUUUACGGAGCUAGUAACUUCUGAUGUGAUAUUAUAAAUGAUAGAGGAGGGAGUUGUGAACGUGAAUCAAGAAUUAUUCAGGAUGUCACGUUCAAUUUUAUUAUAAAACACGAAAUUGUUCAGAAUGAUACAAGCAUACCUGUGUUUUGUUUUCAAUUGAGUUUUGCUGCUCGUAGACAUUAAUUCUUAUGGACCGGCCACUAUAGGUGGCUUCUGAAAUGUGUACAUUACUCUUCGAUUGUAAUUUAUUCUCACUACGCUAUUCCAUAUGUAUAUGUACAGAUUGAAUUAUCAGGAGCAAUUUUUACUCCUGUUAGCGAAAUGUGUGGGCAUCAUCAAUAUUAUUGAAACUUCGGAAUGUUUUAAAAUGUUGCCUAGCAUAUUCAUUCAGAUAAUCAAUUAUGUGAAUCAUCGUAUAUGUGAAGAGUUUAAUCAAGAGUGCUUUUCUCACUCUCUCUAAUUCUCUCUCACUCUCUUGAUAUGGCUCAUAUUAUGUCUUCGAUAAUAGAUGGAUGAGCGAGUGCAUUGUAUACAUGUAAAAGCAAUUCAUUAAGAUAUUUUGAUAGCUGUUGUUGAAUUUUGCGUGGAAGUUGGUAGGUUUCUUUUUUAUUGUGAAAAUCAGUGUAUUAGCUUAUGUUUGGAACAUCUGUAUUCCUUUUGUACAAAAUGCCUCAUUUGAGAUACACGUUAGUCCAAAAGACAGCCAUACUAUGUGAAUUCUCUUUAUUUCAGAGAUUUGCUUCCUUAUUUUAUUUAAUUUUUAUUAUUUUUGUUGUUGUAAUGUGUGUUUUGAAUAUUUGUAGGAGAUUUUUAUCAUAUUAUUUAUCUUCAUCUGUAACCAUAGAUAGUUUCUUUCAGUCCACUUUAUAACAUCAUACAUGUGUAUGCAUUUUUACUUGUAGUACUUUAAUCUGUGAUUAACAGUUCAAAACAACCUAUCUCUAAUUCAUUUCUUUAUUAGUUACCCCCAAAUCAAGGCUCCAGAUUAUCACCAUGGUUACUAGGGGCCAUCUUUGCAAUAUUAUAUUUCUUUCUGCUAUUUAUAUCAUAAAAUGGUGAUUCAUCUAUUUGUAAUUUAAUUACUUCUCACGGAAUGGAAAAGGGAAAUUGCAUGGAAACUACACUCUAAUGGGAUUUUAACCCAUAAAACCCCAGUAGGCCAAUGUUAUCUUUCACACUCGGUAUAAAUUGAAGAGAAAAAUAGAUGGAUAAUGUAGACAGUACUCAGCUCAGAGGUCAGGGGUCAAAGGUUAGCUAUCUAAUUCUAACUCCCAGAAGAUUGUUCGGAAUAAUGCCUGUGUCAGUACACUUCCUUUACAUCCAACUAUGUACAUGUAUUUCUGUGCUCUAACUAGAAGUAAGAAGUUGCACAUCACCCUACCUGAGUCAGUGUCAUGCAACAUACUCUAUUUUUAUAUUCUUAACGCAUAUAUAUAUAGUUAUGUACUUGGUGUUUUGUUUGCAUGUAUAAAGGAACAUGCAUGAAAUACAUCUUCAGUUAAUCUUUUGCUAGUUCCUCUUGCACCUACAGCAUACCUCUAUAUGCAUUUUAUGCAUAUUAUGUAUCGUUUGAAGCGAACAUGCGAUGCCAAAAUGAAAAAAAAUGUAGUAUAUUCAAUGCACUCUGUAAAGGCUAGCUUUUUUUACACGCUAUACUACCCCCCGUGGCUCGACUAGAAAUUACUCAUUUUAAAUCCAGGAAUUAUGUAAGAAUUCAUAUGUAUAUCUGAUUGACUAUGAUCGAUUUGUAAAUUAACGUGAAAAGAUACUGGAAUUGUGCAUAGUGUAUAAAUGUCUACAUGAAUAAUGACUAGCAAUGAAUUCUACUUGUAAAGUGAGACAAUUUGUUCAUGCAGGGACUAACUCUUGGGCUCUACAUAUUAAAUUAUGUCGAGUAGAGCCUAUGUAGAACGUUUUGUCAUUCGUCCAUGUGUAGAAUUAAAUGUGUAAUGGUUUUCAAUAACAUUAAUUUAGCUUUGUUUACUCCUUGUGGCAGAUUAAAUACUAACACUCAUUUAGAACUUUUUGAUGUAGUUUCAAUAUUUUCCACCCACUCCUGGAUUUGCAUUCUAUCAAUCAAAACUAAAAUACAAUGAAUAAAAUGUGCAGGAUUAUUAUUUUAAUACAUCCAUCCACCUCCUAAUCUUUUGCGUUCAUAUUGCAAUGCAUGAGAUAACUUGAACAAAUGUUGUUAUCAAAUCUCAUCUGAAUACAUAACAAGGGAAAUAAUAAAUAAAUGAUCAUAGGGAUUGUGAAUUCUUUCAUCUAUUGCAGGGAUGGCUUAUAUAAUGGGAAUGUAAUAUUCAUGGCUAUCUCUCUUUAACCAAAUAAAUCACAAAUGGAGACUGAUUGAUGAAAAUUUUAUAUUAUACAUCUGCAUGGUUUAUAGGAGAUGAGAGGCAGACUUUAGUGCAAUUCUAAAAUCUGGUUCAUUUUCAUUGAUAAUGCAGACACCAUGCGUAGAUGCCCUUUGCUACAGCCCAUUCAAAUGCACAAUACACAUGACGCGUAUAAAACGAAUGGUGAUCGAAAAAUUAAAACAAUAUAUACAUGUACCUAGUUGUUUGGGAUAAGGGGUCCAUUGCAGUUUGCUAUCUUGAUUUUCUACAAAUUGCAACUAAGUGUAGCAUCAGUAAGCAUUAAUGAAAGACGCCUCUAAAUCAAACAUAACAUGUUAUGUUACGUGUGUAUGCUGGCCAUUGCAAACCAGGUGUAGGGCAUUGAAUCACAGAAAAUGGGCAUCUGAAGUGUGCUGAUUGAUAUCAACCAAUCAACCAAAUUGGUAUUGCAUUUGCCGUAGUUGGUUCGUUUGAAGAAGAAAAAAAGUUUUUUUGAAACACUAUUGGCUUGCAGUAUUUUGAUGAGACUUGAUUUUUCUUUCAACAGAAAAAUCAUGCAAGCUUGAAUUGCAAAUUUAUCUGUUAUGUCAAUGUGUGAUGGAUGUAAGACAGGAACGCAUAUAUAUUUUCAAUUGCCAUUUUUACCCCUCCACUCUAAAGUCAAUUUUGGUAAUUUGUAAUGAAUGAAACAAUUGCUAUUUUAAUUUAUUUAUGAAAAUGAUAAUCAUAAACAAUUAUCUACCCUAUUGAAAUAGCAAACAGCGCAAAUUCCUAGCAGUAACUGAUACCCUCAAGAUAUGGUAAACUCUGAAAUCAAAGUAACAUAGGAGAAUGGUAUGUCUGUAACAUUAGUGAAAGGAAAGUCAAUCAAUAUGUAUAUUACCCAGAGCUUGAUUUUUUUGUUUACAUGAAUGCAAUGAUUUUCGUGGGUUUAUUGGACAUAUCAUCCUCUUGAAAUAUUGUGCAUACCGUUAUACCUUGGUUCCACAGUGGGUACUCCUUAACAUCAUAUUCACCUCAUGGUUCACCCAAGUUCUAUCAUUUUAGUGGUAAUGUCUCGAGUUUGAAUGCAGUGUUUUUAAUUUUGAAAAAAAGACAGUGCUCAGCUAUACACUGUAGAUAUGAAUAAUACAAAAAAUACAAAUUAUACUACUUAAUAAUUUUUGUUCUGAUUUUCUUUUCGUUUCAUUUUAUGAAUAUACAAUAAAUGAUACAGAAGAUGUGAAUUGUA